UACUAUGCGAGGGGUCAGGUGUAAAGGUGUCAGGAGAUGAAUUUAUGAAAUCAUUGGCAGGCACGUUUUAGAAAACUGCAUCAUUGGCAGGCACGCUUCAGAAAUGUGUUUUUUUUUUUUUUUUUUUUUUUUGGGCUGUGGUUAUGUGGUUUGCAAAUCGGCCAAAAAGACACUGUGUACUAGGUAUUGCUGACACCACCAGCAAGCUGUCAAGUUGAGGGGUGUGUUUGUGUCACUCAUUUUCUGUUAGUGUUACUUCACAGCACAGGCUGUUGACAAAUUUGCGAGACAUCAGAGUGGUUUUUACAUUCUCGCAUCCUAAAACGGUAUCAAGAUGACUUCAAAUAAAACCGCAAUUUCAAAUGACGACAACUUGCAAUGUGGCAUUAAUGAAAAAGCAUGGGCGUUUGCACUUCCCAGUCUCUAUUUCACGAUUUUCCCACCUGCUCUUCUGCUGAACCUGAUAGUAGCUUGGAUAUGUCUACACCUUCAUGCAAAGUCUACUUUCAUGGUUUACCUGAAGCACUUGGUGGCGGCUGACCUGCUCAUGACCUUGACCUUCCCUUUCCGAGGUGCCAGCGAGCUCCCGGACGCUACCCUGGGGAUACAUGCAUUUGCCUGUCGAUACUCAAGCGUCAUCUUCUACCUGGCCAUGAACAUGAGUGUGAUAUUGAUGGGACUCAUCAGCCUUGACCGCUAUUUAAAGAUCGUCCGGUCUGGAGGAAGUCAUUUCUUUCAGAACUUGCUCUUUAGUAAUGCCGUAUCGGUCUUUUUCUGGAUGGCCCUGAUCGGAUCUAAUACAUUACCUAUCAUGAUAACAUCAAACCAAGACCCUAAGAAUAAGACCGGAGAGUUCUGCAUAGCCAUGAAAAAUGAACUAGGAAUUAUGUGGCACAAGGGAGUCGUCCUGGUCGGCAAAGUGAUCUUUUGGACAGUGUUCGUUAUAAUUGUGUUUUGUUACUCCUGCAUUGCCAAGACGGUCUUGGAGUCAUACCAAAGGUCUCGCGGCAACAAUGACAAGCGGAAGCGUAAAGCAAAGCUUCGGGUUUUUCUUAUUCUUCUGGUCUUUGUUAUCUGUUAUCUACCUUACCACUGUAUUCGAAUACCUUAUACUAAACUACAGGUUCAAAGCAAUAAUUCAUGUUCCAAACUUGCACUGAAAAUUGUUAAGGACUUAACCCUCUGGGUUUCAGCGUUAAACGUGUGCAUGGACCCCUUAAUUUACUUCUUUCUCUGCAAAGCUUUCAGGGAAAGGUUUUGGGAGAUAUGUGACCUUAAAAGAUUUUUUCCGUCUUUCGGGAAAAAAAACAAUGAUGCAUGUCAGUCCUCAGAAACUACUCUCUAAGCUAAAAAUAAAAACUGUAAAUGUUACUUUUUUCAUACUUUUUAAGCAAUUGUAAUUUAAGGCAAGCAUGCUGUUACAAAGUCUGAACAUGGGCAACUGCUGUGACACAACAGUGUGUAACGUUCCACUGCAGAAUGCUGACAGCAGAAUGGUGUUAAAACCACAUCAGGAAGCAAACCAUGUGCACAAUUUCACAUUAACGACCUAAAUAUUUGUUUCUGCCUAUCAGUGUUUGCUAUGAUUUAAAAAGGUCAUUAUUUUUACUCAGCUUUAUCAUCAUGAAGUCAUGAUGGGGAUGAUUAUUCUACAUAUAUAUAUAUAUAUAUA